CAGCAUCUAGGGAAACUACAGGAAUACUCUAGGAAGAGAUUCUCAAAACAAAAACAAAACCACCACGUUUUAAAUAUCGAAAGUGAAAAUAAGUAUAACUUAGUGACCAAUCAUUGGAGACAACAGCAUCAAAUUGUUGAGCCCGAGGACACCCACUUGAAAAAGGUACAAGGUACUUCCGACCAGGCAGCCCCAGCGCGCAGCCAGGGAGUUUUCCGGAAGCGGGUCGCCGCGCUUGGCCGCCCGAGGCGGGGAAUCAUGGCAACGGAUGAAAAGGAAAAAAAACAAGAUCUUAAGGAGGAAUGGCCAGCUGAAGAAGUUAUGAAAGAUGAACAAAACCAGAAAUUAAUUGAUGAACUUGAAAAGGAAAAUAUUCAGUUAAAAGAGCUCCAAAAACUUGAAGCUGAGUUACAAGAGACCACCACAAACUCCCAGAUUCACGAGGAUAUUCCUGAAACAAAGAUAAAGUUCACAUCCUUAGAGAAUCCUGAGAGUGACAGACAGUUUUCAAAUAUCUCCUAUUCAUGUCAAGUGAGCUCAAAAGUCCCUUAUGAGCUACAAAAAGGACAAGCACUUAUCACCUUUGAAAAAGAAGAAGUUGCCCAAAAUGUGAUCAGAAUGGAGAGCCAUCACGUGCAGAUGCAGGGUGUCAAGGUGAAGGUUAUGGCCAAGCCGGUUUCAUUAAAGUCUGGAGUCAGAUUCCAGGUUCACGUAGAAGUGUCUAAAAUGAAGAUCAACGUUACUGAAAUUCCUGAUGAACUGCCUGAAAGUCAGAUGAGAGAUAAGCUAGAACUGAGUUUUUCUAAGUCCCGCUACGGAGGUGGAGAAGUGGAGAGCGUGGAGUAUGACAGGCAGGCCCGGAACGCUGUCGUCACAUUUGUGGAAAGUGGAGUUGCUGACAGAAUUUUGAAAAUGAAAGACUACGCUCUUUAUAUAAAUGAAAACUGCCAUAGAGUUAUGGUGGCUCCAUUCAUGGAAACACAUUUGGAAAAAUUUCAGGUAUUUUCAGGAGUAUCUAAGAAGACAGUGCUUCUGAGUGGACUGGAAGACCUUCAGAUAACAGAUGAAGAAACUGUGGAGGAUUUCAUUAGCAUUCACUUUCAGCGGGAGAAGAAUGGAGGUGGAGAAGUCGAGGUGGUCAGAUGUUCCCUCGAACCUCACAUAGUAUACUUUGAAGAAUAGAAUCUUGGAACCUUAUGAAAAUUAGAGCUUCUAAACCAAAUAACUGUCAGUGCUUGACAAAAAUGAAUAUUUUUUUCCUUAAAGGAAUGAGAAAUUUAAUUCUUUAGUGUUCCAUUAUUCUUAUAUACAAAAUACACUUCUAUACAAAACACAUUUCUAUGCAAAAUGUAUUUCUAUGUUUUUGAAUUCUUUUUUUCCAACUGUGCUGCAUGUUGACAAAUCCAGAAAGGGCACCGUAUUAAAAACAAUUUUGUUCGUGAAUGUGAAUAGGUGCCAUGCCGAUGGAAACUAACCAUAAGGGAUCCAAUUGUUUGCCUGCCAUGUUGGCUCAUUCUGUCAUGGUCUUGUGGGCCAAUUCUCUUUUGGCUCCAGGUCCACCAAUAUGCAGACUUGACUCUUAGCAUUUCCCCAAAGAAAUUUUGAUUCUGUAGACUUUAUUGAAUUUUUAAGGGACUUCAAGAACAAUACUCUUCACUUUGCCCAGCAUUUCAUUCCACAUCUUCUAAGCUAUUUCUCAGAGCCAAAUGUGGUCUUUUUCUUGAACUUUCCUUCACCCAGAGUGCCAAGUGUACCCCAGUUCCUUUCAAGACAUGCCCUUUCCAAAUUGAACUUGUAAAGACCAGAAUUUUCUUUUACACUUACAAUAGAAAGAGUCAGUUUAAGGGAUUGAAAACCUUGGAAUAAAGAUAGAGGUGAGUGCAAACUAGUGGCUCUUCACACAUCUUGCCGAUGAUGAUGGAUAAAUGCCUAAAGGUAAAAACGCUAUACCUGCCUGUUAGGGGUUUAAAAUUUAGUUGGAGAGGGACUGCAUUUAUUAGCAUCCCAUUGUUUUUAACUUGCAGAAACUUUAAGUGGUAAAAGUCAAGGUUCCUAUCAGAGAAGCUGAAGUUCUCUUUGGUAGGAACUUUUGGAUAGUUUUUAUCCUAAUACAGUAUGUUUCAUGAAGCGCCAAAAACAGAGUUGAAUUCAUAUUAAAAUGCUGGCAGAAAUGAAAUACUUUUAGAAGAGAUUCUAAACCUAAACCUAUCCAAUGCUGCCUGCCAUCUAAAAUAAAUAAAGGGAAAAGCUAAAGAAAA